UGCGGAACCUUUAUGUUUGCGUUUCCGGGGGGAGGUCGUUGAGCGUUGCACAGGUUGUUGCUGAUGCGUGAGUGUCCCGCAGUGUGACCGCGGAGCUGCGUGACGUAGACAGGUCACGUGACAGCGAGACGUCACAGUGUACAGGUGUUGCCCCUCCGUCCAGGUGCGGACCCAGCCUCAGGUGAGGUGCCCCGUCAUGCUGCUGCCCCUCCUGCUCCGUCAGGCCGCCUCCUGCCGCGCCGCCCCGAGGAGGCUGCUGCACCACCAGGCCCAGCACGACCCGAGGAGGCUGCUGCACCACCAGGCCCAGCACGACCCGAGGAGGCUGCUGCACCACCAGGCCCAGCACGACUUCCUGCGGCGCCGCCUGCCUCCACGCCUCCACGCCCAGAGCCGGAACAGGAAGUCCAAGAGCGAGCAGCAGCGGGAUGAGUGGAGCACGAGGAACAAGACAGUGCUGACGUACAUCGCCGCCGCUGGCGUGGGGAUGAUCGGUCUGUCGUACGCCGCCGUGCCACUCUACAGGCUGUACUGCCAGGCGUCGGGGCUCGGCGGCACGGCGGUGGCCGGACACGACGUGGAUCAGGUGGAGACGAUGACGCCGGUGAAGGAACGCAUCAUCAAGAUCACGUUCAACGCCGACCGACACGCCAGCAUGCAGUGGAACUUCAAACCUCAGCAGACAGAGAUCUUUGUGGUUCCAGGUGAGACGGCACUGGCGUUCUACAGAGCGAAGAACCCGACAGACAAACCGAUCAUCGGCAUCUCCACCUACAAUGUGGUUCCCUUUGAGGCGGGCCAGUACUUCAACAAGAUCCAGUGUUUCUGCUUCGAGGAGCAGCGCCUGAACCCGCACGAGGAGGUCGACAUGCCCGUCUUCUUCUACAUCGACCCGGAGUUCGACGAGGACCCGCGGAUGGCCCGAGUGGACACCAUCACUCUGUCCUACACCUUCUUCGAGGCCAAGGAGGGUCAGAACCUUCCCCUGCCCGGGUACAGCUACAACUGACGGGUCCACAGCGAGGCCAGGGACCGGAACCAGGGACCGGUUUGUGGGUUCAUCACCAGAGACAUCAGAGACUCUGUCAGAGCGAAGUAUGAACUCAUCACAGACUGAACCUCAUUAAAUAUUCAAACAAAUUUAAAUAUUCAUAAGUCAGAUUUUAAUUUAAAGUGUCACAGCAUGGCAUCAUGGAUCAGCUGUGCUGUAAACUCAUCGUCUGAUUGGAUGCCGUCUGUUUUGUUUGCAGCCAAUCAGACGCUCGACCUGCUCAGAGCGAGCAAAGUUUAAAGUCUGUUCUGAUUGGUUCAGGGGGCUGAUGGGGGCGUGACACAAUUCUGCUGUGAUUGGCUGUGGCGUCUGAUCCCGAUCUGUUAGUUGUAGUUUUUUUACGUUUUCCACGUGAUGUUAGCGGCGUCCGCUGGGGGUCGCCGCACAGCGAGCUGCAGAGUUUAAUAUUUAAAUUAUAUUAAUAUUCAUAAACAUCAGCUGCUCCUGAAGAAGAAAAUGAUUAUUAUUUUUAAUGAGGGUAAAACUGAAGUCAGACCGGAUCAGGACUCGCGUCCGGACGUCUGCAGGUGGAGUUGGUGAUUGCAGCCUCCUCGCUGCACCUUCAGCGUUUAGUGAAGACGAUUAAUGUGAAAUAAAAGUUUCUAUAAAGAUGAA